AUGGCCGGCAAUCCUCAAGACUACCGAGAAUAUCUCCCCAUGUCCAAAGAGUUCAAAGAGGCGCUGUUGGCCUCGGUCCCUGAUGGGAAUAAGAGACGGAAAGGAAUGGACAAAACUCAUCUAGCCGAUCGUCAACCUCUUUCGAAGACCCCAGGUACGAAAAAGAGUCAAAAUCAGAGCAUCCUCAACUUCUUCGAGAAGUCGGACAAAACAAAUGAAUAUACCCGUGACACCAGGGCCAGCAUGCCAUUGUUCUUCAGUGACGGUCGGCAAGGUUCCAAUUCGCCUGAAUUGCCUAGAAGAACACCAGGUGCCGCCAGGGAUGCAAUGAUAACGAGAUACAACGAGGAUAAAACCCCAGUCAAGAGGAGGCGAACAGACCAAGAUUUCGCCGAUUUCGUUGUCCGCACACCGUCUCCUGGGUACGACGGCCGCCACCGGGAGGAUGAAUCCCGGGCGGCGAUCCCAGUCCAGAAUCAGGACCAGGGAAAGCCAUUGAAGUACCGGGGAGGCUUCCUGGUAGAUUCAAGCGACGAGGAAGAUGGCGACGAGGUUGUUACCGUCGUCAAUGGCGCCGACUCGACGUCCGUUCCGGAUGAAGUAGGAAAUAUCGAUCCAGGCUUUUUGGACGCCAUUCACAUCGAUACAGGAGAACUCCUCAAGUCUUCGGACCUCAACAAUGAAGAAACGACAGAUCGCGACCGGCGUCGACGUACGGACCACGACGCGGAAACUGUACCAGAAUUGACUCGUGAAGCGACAAGUAUGUUGAUUGAUGAAGACUUUGGUGACGAUGAUUUCGAGAACGAGGAAUGCUUUGAGGAUGGGGAAGAAUAUAUGGAGCGACGAUGGAUGGAGGAACAAAGAGAAAUGGAGAUGGAACUUGAUGAAGAUUCGAAAUCUGAGAGUGGUGGUGAGAGUAUCAGAACACCGCGAAGCAUGGUCGAAUAUGACGCCCUUACUGAAACAGAGGAAGGAGAUGGCGUUGCUGUCUGUCCAAUAUGCAAUGGGAAUUUGAGAGGGCUUUCUGAAAUCCAGGCAUCAUCUCAUGUCAAUGCUUGCCUUGAUGGCGAUGCUGAACCACUACCAAAGGAGUCUGAGUUCAGUGGAGCCAUUCAAAUGGACGAACCGGGCCGGCAGACUCCUGGUAAUCGUACUUGGGGCGGUUCUGAUGUUCCUGCCCCGAAACGCUUUCAACGGGCGGCAAUCGCACGACCUGCUCAGGCCAAUCCGUUUUCUCUCACAAAAGACACCAAAGGAGCUUCAGCAUUCGUUCGGUUGAUGUCCGGCCAUGCAGAAGAUGCUGCUUGGGCCGAAGCCGCGGCCAAUGAGGCUCAGUCUCGUGGGAAACCAGCGCAUCAACGAACCUGCCCCUUUUACAAGAUCAUACCAGGCUUCCAUAUCUGUGUCGACGCAUUCCGGUACGGGAAGGUUGAAGGGCAAAAUGCCUACUUCCUCAGUCAUUUCCACAGUGAUCACUACAUUGGACUGACGUCUUCCUGGUGCCACGGUCCGAUAUAUGCCAGCAAAGUCACCUGCAAUCUUAUACUACAGCAGCUGAAAGUUGAUCCAAUAUGGGUAGUGCCACUCGAGUUUGAGAAGAAGGCCGAAGUCCCCGACACCAAAGGCGUAUUCGUCACCAUGAUUCCGGCCAACCACUGUCCUGGUUCGUCUUUAUUCUUGUUCGAGAAGACCACCGGCAAGAACAGGGACGGAUCUCCAAAGUCAACUCGCAUCCUCCAUUGCGGCGAUUUUCGUGCUUGUCCAGCUCAUGUCGGUCAUCCACUCCUACGGCCUGAUGUGGUUGACGGCGUCACUGGUCAAACCAGACAGCAAGUAAUCAACACUUGCUAUCUCGACACGACUUAUCUCACUCCUAAAUACGCCUUUCCUAGCCAACAAGACGUUAUUGAUGCUUGUGCCCAGAUGUGUAUCAGUCUAUCCAAGGAGAUUGUUGACCCGGAAGAUGGCUGGGAAAGAACGAAGGCCGAGCGGGCCAGCAGUGCCAUGAAGGAGUUCCUGGCACGGAGUGAGAAGAAUGUCAUUAAGGAAGAAGAUCCUGAUGCCCGCCAACCGAAAACGCGGGGACGUCUCCUCGUGGUCAUUGGCACCUACUCCAUUGGCAAAGAAAGGAUCUGUCUGGGCAUUGCUAAAGCCCUGAACUCGAAGAUUUACGCACCGCCGUCCAAAAUGCGCGUCUGCCUUUGUCUUGAGGACGCCGAACUCAACGCACGACUGACCAACAACCCCCUCGAGGCACAGGUACACAUGCAGACACUGAUGGAGAUCCGAGCAGAGACAUUGCGCGACUACCUUGUGACUUAUAAAGGCCAUUUCGCCCGUGUCGUUGGUUUCCGACCCACAGGCUGGAAUUAUCGGUCACCAACCUCUCGCUUCACGGAAAGCCCCGCUGUGAGCACGGUGCUUUAUUCAGACGGAUGGAAGAGUCGCUUCACAAUGCGCGAUCUCGUACCCCAGCGAGGAAGUACUCGAGAAUCCAGCUGUUUUGGGGUACCAUACUCAGAGCACAGCUCUUUCAGAGAGUUGACGAUGUUUUGUUGUGCGUUGCGGAUCAAUCGCAUUGUCCCGACUGUCAAUGUGGGAAGCGCGAGGACCAGGGAAAAGAUGAAGGCGUGGAUCGAGAAGUGGGAUGCAGAGAAACGAAAGAACGGACUGUUCAAAGUUGAGGCCGGGGCUGAGGGAUGGGGGAGUGGCGAUGGACAGUUGAGAUAUGGCGUUUAA